CUGCGAAUUCAUUGUUGACAUCUCUCUUUUCCCUUCGCCAUCUUUGAGAGUGCACUGGGCGAUAUAACACGAUGGCAGAAAUUGGGGGACUCAUAAACAUCGACAAGCGACGCGCGCUCUUCCGUCGUGAGUUCAACCUUGCUGAGUAUCUUGUCGGCAGGUCAGCCGAGCAGCUGGUUGGCUUUCUCCAGGUGCCGAAAUGGUUUCCGGUCGACAUUCCAAGCGGCAACAUUAGGGCCUCCAAGUUGAAAAGUCCCAGCUCUCCAUUACUGAAAUUGCCGCAGGAGAUCAUCGACACUAUCGUGCUCACUCUUGCGUACACUGGUAUCGAUGAAGAUACUCUCUGUCUGUCCCUCUCGUGCUCCUAUUUCUUCCGACUUCUCGCCUCAUGGGCUCAGGCUCAUUUGAUUAGAGACGCGGCACCCUGGGCAGGCGAUCGGCUCAUCUAUGUGGGAGCUGAGGUAUCCAGCUACCCUUACGGCAUAGCCACCGAUGAAGAACAGCACGAAUGGGAGGGACACGGAGCAAAAGCAAUGUAUCGUUUAGCAGACGCAAUUCUUCCAGAAAAGAUGCGGUUCGAAGGAGACGAACGGGCGGGGGAGAGGCCGCGUACACUCAUGCGACGUGUCGAACAUCGCCUAACCGACGACGAUAGAGGAAUAGUGAAGCGACUGCUUCAGCGCCGUAUGCUCAGCAUCACGGAUCCAAGCAGCUCACCAGUGCUCCGCAACUUAACUACUAGGCAAUACAUCCGAGAUGAGGUCAUCGCCAAUUCAGACCACGCCUACAGCCUCGGGGAAGUCAUUGUCACCUUUGCACUGUGGUUUGACGCUGAUUCCCCGACGCUUUUGAGCCAGAAAGGAGAGUGGGCCGGCCAUCGUUUUGAUAUCGCGACUGUGGCAGACGUCGCAGAAGGGUGGACCGAUGUGAGCGCCACAGCCGUCAAUAAUUUGCAGAAAAUUGGAGAGCCAAGGAAUAAUGGGAGACGGACUUUGCUUAGACAAUGAAUUCUAUCGGGGUAUUUAGUAAGGGAGUCAUGUGGGCGUGUAUCGGAUGCUGCUGGCCUACAAGGAAUAUUUCCCUACCAGAAGAAUGCACUACGCGGCUGCGUAUCUACCUACGAGCCCAAUGCUGCAGGUCUGCCUAACCGGGUUACACAAAUAUCAGCUGGAAAUGCAUUUAUGGUGGCUUGGCGUAUAAUUAUACAGCCCUGCUUUUCACCGCCAGCCUCACUUUGAGAAUCUUACCCCGAUCUCACGUUCCUACAUAACGCAGUCUGCGGUGUUUUACAAUCAAGCCUUUUGGAAACACGCACGACCAUCAUUAAAUCUACAUUUCUCAUUUUUAC